UCCCUCCCCCCCUCCACCAAGUAGACUUUCUACGGAGCCGCUGUGGUCGUGUCUUGACCGCGCCAGGUUGUAUUUCACCGAGACUUUUCAUCGGAGACGUUGAUUCAUCCGACUGAGGGGAGGGAGAAAACUUUUACGCUAGCUAGCUAACUUGAGCGGAAGCAGCGUCAACACUGGGACCUUUCUGUCUGAGAUCAUACAGCGCCCGAGAUAACUGUUUAUUCAAACGUCGUUCGUGCUGAUAAGGCUCCAAUACAACAUACUGGCGGUGUAAUACGUGAGUUAUUACAGAAUGGCUGAUACAACGACCAUCCCCGGUGCUAGCUGCAUGGAGAAGCUGAAAAGUUACGUGAAGACUCCAAAAGGGCUUAUCCUCGCAGGAGAAAUAAUCCUCAGUUUCAUUAUCAUCAUCUGCUAUGCUGCAUCGUACUAUGGAGGCUACUCCGCUGUGGCCAUCUGCGAGAUGAUCUUCGCCAUGAUCUUCUUCGGCGUCUUCAUGAUGGAGCUGGACAAGCAGUUCCAAGUGAUCAGCUGGAUCUGGAGUGAUUUUUUCCGUGCUGCCAUUGGUGCUGGCCUUUACAUCAUCACUUCACUCAUCUGUGUGAUUGGAGGGGCUGGAGAUGGUGCUCGCAUCGCAGGCGGGGUGUUUGGUUUGAUCGCUGGUCUGCUGUUUGCCUAUGACACCUACACCAUCUACCUGCAAAUCAGGAGCAGCAGGCAGCACACAGCAGCUUCCACCAGUGACAGAGUCUAAACACUCCGAGACACACGUGCCUCUGUCGAGAUCGCAGCCGGAGGACGAAGAGGAGUUUGAGGCUAACGGAAGAGUGGAUCAUAGAGGACGAUGGACAGUAAAAUGAACAGGUCACAGUUUAAUCAAUGCCACUGUAUGGUGUGAACAGACGAGAGAUUUCUUUUAGGGCCAUGCUUGAGGAGGAGGGUGACGUAGUCGGAGUGAGUGGUGCUGUGGGGAACUCCCCUCACAAACCUUUGCUCCAACCUCAACGUACCACUGAUUUGAAAGGGAAAACUGUAAAAAAAAAAAAAAAAGGCAAUGGUUGAUGUCACCAAGCAGUUUUUUUAUUAAUACAUAUGUCUACUGUUAAUGGACUGCUGUAGUAAGUAGUAACUCUGUCAUUUGGAUUUUUAGGAAUUAUUUAACAUCAUUAUUAUGCUCUUCUUGGCGGUGUUUUCUGUGUUCUCAGUGAAGUUUCUCCACUGACCAAACAUUUCCUUCUCUGUUACUUAAAUCAUUGCUCUUUAGAUUGCUCCCUGUAUGUCACAGUGCCUUAAAGUCUCAUUCAGAUUAACGAGUUCCUCCAUCGUAUUCACCCUUUAUACCUGAAUCGCAAACAUUAGAAGUGGCCUACUGUCACUGACUAGCAAUUUUUUUGGGGCUGUUUUUGUAUUAGUCAGAGUUUAGUGUGCAUCGUUAGAAGCUGUAGACGUCUAUUAACUGCCAACCACAUGUUCAUUAUUUGAAUUGCAGUGUCAUCCUCCAGUUUCACCUAUUGACUUUGAUUCUUGCUCAGGUUGUUUUAUUUUUCCUUUUUACAUUUGUAACACAUUUUUAAAAUGCAGAAUAUUUUUCCUUUGACAUUUUAUACAGACCAGUAGUACAGUCCUGUUUUUGAUCAUGUUUUUUGAGUACACGUUCCCUUUUUAUGAGACAGAUGAAAAAUCUAUUUCUAAAGAAAACAUAGACGGAAUCUUAUGAUGUGAAUAUCACAGUCUGAAUACGUUCUGUAGCAGCUUCCUCUACCAUUUGGUGGUAAUUUGUCCAAGUAAAACAUUGCCUUAUUUUUUUUCUAACAUGCUUUACAAGAGUCUGCAGUUUGUAAUUUCAAAAUUCAAAGCAGCCUUGCUUUGGGAAAUAAAAGCCAUUGUUACUACAAAUAAAAUCUUGUUUUGCAUCUUAUAUUGCACAGUCUAUGCUGUAAUGAUUAAAAAC